AUGAGUAGUGACGAGAACCAUCCCUCUCCCAGCAAUCCUUCGCGCAAGCGUAGUGGUUCAGCCCUUCGUUUGGGACCGCAUAAAAAGGCGACUUCAUCUAAUCCGCUUGUUCUUCAUGGCCGCCAUUUUGGCCGGACAGUAUUUGCACUCUGCAAUUAUCCUGCACUUCUGACUACAGGAAUACUCCAACUCGAAGAGUUGAUGGACUCUCCCAUCGAGGAUUAUCCAGCAGACGUACGACAGGAACACAAGGUGUUUAUUGAGCUAGUAGAUUCGUAUCCUGGACUUCUAGACCGUCUGACAAAUGGCGAGGAGGAAGACAUUAUCCAUGUGGGAGAAUUGGCUGUCAUCCCACCCCUCUCCCGAAACAUCAAGUCUGAUCGUGGAUUCAAUCAUGAGGUUACCAGUGCAUUGCUCUGUCCCACUGGGCUUGACUGGUCGAAUGCAGAAACCAAGCAGAGCCUCAAAAGCGGUGAAACCGCAGUUCGUGGAGACCAGUGGCCCAUGUUCUUGUAUGCUGGGUGUGAUUACGAUCCUGAGGAUCCAUGGAAGGGCUUGCUGAAAAGCAAGAUACUCGUAUUUGGGUUCAAACAUGUUUUUACGUCUCCGAGCUCCAUGGAUAGGGAGCCCAAAGCUACAUGUUCCGGCAAUGCCUACCUUCACGGCAUGAAGUCCGUAACGAAAGGAUCUUUAGCCUAUAUUGCCACACAGGUUCGAUUUUCGUUAAGUUUGUCGUCUGUAUUCUCGCGCACAGACAUGGUUACCGAUUCCGAAAAUUUCUAUCACAGUAUUCUCGACCUGCUGGAGGAUCCCGAUGAAAGUGAGGAAGUAGCUGAGUUGAUGACAUGGUGGACAUGUCGAAUUUUUCCCAACUCAUCCUCUUCACAGCGCAGUAUCAGCAAGAACAGCACAUUGUCAAAAAUUCGCGCAAAACGAGCUGCAUUGCGAGAACGAGCAAAUACAAGUACUGACACUACGUAA